UGUCCGGCGGAAUUCUUCAGAGGUGUAGAUGGCGAGCUUAUCUUUUUAUCAGCGUUAAAUAUUAUUCUUUCCAUCACUGCAUUUCUGGGGAACACUCUGAUCCUAGUUGCCCUACACAAGGAAACUUCACUUCAUCCGCCGUCCAAACUCCUGUAUCGUAACCUAGCGAUAACUGAUCUCUGGGUUGGUAUCAUUGUAGAGCCUUUGGCUGUGACUUAUUUUACUUCUGUUGUGAAAGAAAGAUGGGAUAUAUGCUAUUACGCACAUUUGGCAGGAGUUUUCUCAGGUUAUACUUUGUGUGGAGUGUCUUUAACAACUUCGACUGCAAUAAGUGUGGACAGACUUCUCGCCUUGUUGCUGGGGCUCAGAUACAGACAACUUGUAAUUUUGAGAAGAACAUGUAUAAUUGUUUUUGGUUUUUGGAUUUUGUCCAUCGUUGGUUCAUCUACUAUAUUUUGGAAUCCUCGUAUACUUCUUAGUCAAUACAUAAUUACAGCUCUGUGUCUAGUCACCACAAUCUUCGAUUACACAAAAGUUUCCUAUACUCUGCGUCAUAAUCAAAUACAUGUUCACAACCAUGUUGCUCAAGGACAACCGAGCCAAGCAAUUCCCGCACUGAACAUAGCUCGAUACAGAAAGGCAGUGUACAGUGCACUGUGGGUGCAGGGAACAUUGUUUAUUUGUUAUCUACCGCAUUUUAUAGCAGUAGCUUUGCAACUUCAGAGAGGGAUGACUUUAUCCAUUUAUCGUGCUCACCAAUUUACGGCCACCUUAGUGCACUUGAACUCAUCAUUAAACCCGUUAUUGUACUGCUGGAAGAUCAGAGAAGUGAGGCAAGCUGUAAAAGAAACAUUAAGGCAAAUAUUCGGUUCUUCAAGUUAG